AUGUAUUUCCAGUCUGAGUCCAAAGGCCUGGGAAUCCAGAGAGCCAAUGGUUUUUGGGAGGUCAUCAGUGAUGAGCAUGGGAUCGACCCCACUGGCAGUUACCAUGGAGACAGUGACUUGCAGCUGGAGAGAAUCAACGUGUACUACAAUGAAGCUGCUGGUAACAAAUACGUACCUCGGGCCAUCCUGGUGGAUCUGGAGCCGGGCACCAUGGACUCCGUCAGGUCUGGACCAUUCGGCCAGAUCUUCAGGCCGGACAACUUCGUGUUUGGUAUGUAGUCACGAUCAGUGGCAACUGGCUCAGUGAGUCUCCCUUCUCAACACUGUGGAAGUCAGAGAU